CAUGGCGCACCUGGAAGUUCACUUACCCAGUAUUCAGAAGAAAAAUAUCCGGUAAGAUAGAUAUAUGACGUUAUUAAUCGUAUACAUCUGGUGAAAUGAACGCAUUAAAUAUCUACCUAACAACAUGCCGCUAUGUCAUGCAGGCUGAUUUGGCCGAUCGCGAGACCUGGAGCGAUUUGUACCGGUAUUUACCUUUUCUUCGUCAGGCACUCUCAUGUUGUGUAUGUCGAAACCUGGUUGUCAAACCGAUGGGACCUGUGCACAAUGUCUGUCAACACUUUGUUUGCUUCACGUGUGCAGGUGGUAAAAUGAAGCUAAAACCCCAGUGUAGCUGGUGUAAGCAUCAUGAAGAAUUUCAAGAGAAUACUCAGCUUCGUAUAGCAGUGAUUUGUUUCAAGAAGCUCUGUGAAUAUAUAUCUGAUUCUCCAAUUGGAAAAGAUCUGUACCUUCAGUCACCAUCACCAAACGGGGAAACAAACAAUCUGAACACUAUUAUAAAAGAAGCUUUGGACUUCAAAGAUGAUUUCACACUCUCCUCAUCGUUACCUUUACUAUCGGGUUUAAACUUAAGCACUAAACAUAAUAAUUCACCAAGACUAUCAUCGAAAUCGCCGACGAACUGUGUCAAACGUUCCGAACAAAGUCACAAUUCAUCAGGUGAGAAAACAGUUUCACCUGAACUAAGCUGUAGCAUAAGAGAUAAAUCAAACUUGUGUGAUACAACAAACAAUGUCUACCCUGAUAUGUCUUGCUGUAGUGAUAUAACUGCAGAAAAAGAUUCAGAAUCACAGUUAAAUUCAUCGUCUCAAAGUGAUGAAUCCAUCGAGGUUGAUGUAACAGACACUGACACUAGUACAGAUUCUAAACCUGAAAAUUCACUCAAAAGAAAACGUGACAGUGAUUGUGGAAACAGAUCUGUUUUGUUUGACUCCAGUGAAAGUGGAAUCCUCACCUCUGGUUCACACGGGUCUAGGGGAGACAACUCUCAGUUGCGAGAACCUGACAAGAACAGACUAACUCUUACUCCAGGCAGUGAACAAAAGGAUUUGAAGAUAUGUAAAUGUGGCCGUGGAGGAACAAACAGUCGUCUCACAUGUCUCGGUCAGCGUUGUCCCUGCUAUAUCAACAAGCUACCAUGUGUAGGCUGCAAGUGCAAGGGAUGUCGCAACCCUCGCAAGAUUGAAAAUGACAGACUCAAAAUAGUAAAUACAGACCAUUCUUCAGAGAUAGGGUCUAUCAUUAACAGUGAAAAUGUAUUUGUUGAAGUAUAGAAUGUUAAUUUAUAUGCAUGUUUAAUAAUCAAUGUUGAACAUUGUAAGAUAAUACACAUUUUUUUCAUAAGAGACUUAUUAUUUGACCAAAAUGGUAACUCAAUUUUUCUUAUUUACAAACAGUUACAUCACACAUGUUAUUUAGAUAUCUGGCUUUGUUCACUAUUUCCUAUAUUUGACCUGAUUAACAUAUUUAUGGGUGUUUUGCUUACCUAAAAUUGUAAAAAAAAAAUUGGGGGGGGGGGACUGAACUAUGAUUAUGGACAGCGAUUACUUCAGGUCCGAAAUUCAUCUUUUUGGUCAGGAAUUAUCAUAACAGCACCAAAAUGAUACUCGACACCCAUUUGAAUUUUGAAAUUUCUGAAUAGGGCUCACCAAGAUAAAUAUUUAUGUUGAACAAAAUAUUGACAAUGACCAGAUUGUGAGAGUAAUGCACAAUAUGUAUUCUAAUACAUCAGUCUAUAAUAUCAUAUUAAGACAUGUAACAAUUAAGGGGUUUUACAAGGCACUUUUUAUGUCUGUUUAUUGGACCAGACCGAUGCUCCCUUUUAUCAUUCAAAAUUUUACAAUCUAAAACAAUAAAAGCAUAAAUUUCAAGAAAAGAUUUAAAUGUUAAAAUUGUAAACUGAGUUUUUGGAUUUUUGAAAUUAAAAAGAAAAAAAGUUCUCAAAUGCAGCAUAAGUAAGAAGGACAGAGUGAUUAUGGAGUCUUUAUCACUUUAAGAUAGACUUUAUGUAGUCUUAUUUCAUUUGUUCAGAGUUGUUAGCAUUAAUUGAUCAUCGAAAUUUCACAAAAGGGUUGUCAUGUUGAUAAUUUUUUCUGAUCCCAACCUAGUGUCCAUUUGCCGAAACCACCUGCUAAUCCCCUGAACAUUCUACAAUCUUUUACACGUCUGUAGUAAAUAGUCCCCCACCAGUACUCACAGAGGGAACUAGAGGUUUGCAGUGAUGAUCACUCAGGCAAUCUGUUUUUGUGUCAGUUUGUUCGGGGAAUUCCCAAUAUACUCAAUUUGUCACCUAUAAUUGGUGAAUUUUGUUUGCGAGUACUUCUCAAAUCGUAUCUCAUGCUCCUCUAUAUAAAGUUAUUGCCCUUUGUUCAUUUUUAUUAUCAAGUUUAUUUAAUUUAAGAGAGUGCAACUCCCAAGCUCUUUCACCUACAUUUACAGUUCAACUUAUUUUCUUAGGAUAUUUAUUUUCUCUGAAUACCUAACCCAUCAUGGCUGUUUUUAAGUUUUUGGAAUGAUGUUAUUCAUUUGAAACAAACAUGGCAUUUUAUUUUGUCACUUAUACAUAUAUAUAUAUAUAUGUGUGACAGCAUAUACAUGGGGUCUUAGUAUCUUCUUGACAAUAACUUCUUAACAAGUUGUUGUGAUAAAAUUGGCAUCCCAACUCUGUCAUUCCCACCACAUUAUAUUAUACAAUAUCUGAUAUAUAGUGCCCUAUCUAGCUAGUUAACAUAAGCUACUCGAAAGUGCUUUACAGUACAUAGAUAUACAAUUAAUACAAUGAUUAAUUAGCAUAUACAUUAAUCAAUACAUGCCUGCAUGUGAGCUGGAGAUGUAAUGUGUUACCUUAGUGAUGUUCAUGUUGAGUCCAUUUUAUUUGAAAUAUAUAUCCUGAUUUUUCUCACUGAAAGUGGUGUUUUGCCUUCUCUGCAAUUUUAACAACCUGAAGUAUUGACAAUUUCUUCUCUAAUGAAAAUAAAAGUUUGAUUUCUUUUUUAUUCUGAAGAGUAUUAUGGCCAAUCCUCAUGUCACUAUUUCUCAAGAAGUACUUGUUGUGUAUUUGACAGUUCUUUUCAUAUUGUUCUAUGUAAUUUAAAAAACUCUUGCUCCCUUGUUGCGCGAGUAAGUUUCAAUUUGAGUAAUCUGAAAAACAAGACGUUCAUCAUGCAGACAGCCAUCUUUUAUUUUGACAGUUUAAAGUUUUGGUAUUGGUUAAAUAAGAUACUGUCAAUCUCCAUUGCAUUAAGUUUUAAUCUAAAGGCAAUAUUCAAUCUCAACAAGCUCGGGAUAGGUUGGUUCUUUAUUGUAUGUCUACCGGUUUCGCCCGAACAUGAGGGCUUCUUCAGGACCUUUAUUGUAUGUCUACCAGUUUCGCCCUAACAUGUGGGCUUCUUCAGGACCUUCAGGAAGUUUUAAUCUAAAUGUUCAUAAGAAGCAUUUACUGUUGACAAGACUAUUGUUGAGGUGAAUAUGUGGAAAGAUGGAGGUUAACAUUCGACUGAAAACAUGUCACAACUGAAAUGGCAUCAUAAAAUAAAUAUUGACCUGUUGUUUCUAAAAACAGUAAGAACUUUCAAUAUCGAUCAAAUAUCCAACCAAUGAGGUUGUAGGAAAAAUGUAUGUCAUCUAAUGUUUAGAUAUCUUGUACAAGUACCCAAACUGAACAUGCUACAAACUGUUUUUUGUAAACAUUUAUCUGGUAUCAAUGUCAAAAGCUCUAUUCCGUCUUUUCGUAUUGUAGAGUUAUCUGGUCUUGUGAGCAGGUAUUGAUUGUUACAUCAUUUGUU